AUGGCUCCCUCAGUCCUGGUGGAUCAGACUACUGCGGUCCUUGCGACCAAGUCGCUGGAGCGGGUCGUCAUCACGGCGUCUCAUGUCAACCCGUCUUUACAAGUUACUGCGGACCACAAUUUAAAGUCGGUGGAUGCGCCUAUCUAUGCACCGGGGCGAGGGGAGGUGCUGGUGCAUAUCAAAGCGACCGGUAUUUGUGGAUCGGACAUUCAUUUCUGGAAGACCGGUCGCAUCGGGUCCUUGGUUUUCGAGGGAGAUUGUAUUAUCGGCCAUGAAGCCUCGGGAAUUGUCUUACAGUGUGGUGAUGAUGUUACCAACUUGGUACCAGGUGACCACGUGGCCGUCGAGCCUGGUGUUCCCUGCGAAAGUUGUUUCCUCUGCGAUGACGGCCGAUACAAUUUAUGUGAAGAUGUUCGGUUUGCGGGGGUUUAUCCUUAUGCCGGUACGAUGCAACGAUACAAGGUGCACCCCGCAAAGUGGCUGCACAAGCUCCCCGACAACAUUAGCUUUGCCGAGGGAGCGCUUCUGGAACCUCUAUCCGUUGUCAUGAACGGCAUCACGACCGCAGGAUUGAGUCUGGGUCGUGGGGUUGUUGUCUGUGGCGCUGGUCCAAUUGGACUUAUCGCACUGGCUGCAGCUCGCGCUUCCGGUGCUCAUCCCAUUAUUAUCACUGACUUAGAACCGACACGCCUGGCUUUCGCGAAGGACUUUGUUCCUUCUUGCAUCACAUACCAAGUAGACCGGACCAAGAACGCCCAGGAUAACGCUCGGGCCAUCCGAGCUUUGUUUGGAACAUCAGAGUACCUUGCACCGGAGACUGUACUUGAGUGCACAGGUGUUGAGAGCAGUGUCUGCACGGCUGCAUAUACUGCGCGGCGCGGUGGUACCGUUAUGGUCAUUGGCGUGGGCAAAGCCCUUAUGAAUAACCUUCCAUUUAUGCAUCUUUCUCUCGCAGAGAUUGAUCUACGAUUCAUCAACCGCUACCGUGAUACAUGGCCCCCUGCAAUUGCAUGCCUUAGUGGUGGCAUUCUUGAUUUGAAAAAACUUGUCUCUCAUGUCUUCCCCUUGGAGAGAGCAGAGGAGGCUCUUCAUCUGUGUGCUGAUACAAGAAACGGUAGUAUCAAAGUAUUAAUUGUAGAUGACCAGGAGGCCUCGCUAUAG